AUGGCCUCCAACAAUAUUCUUAGUCAUCAAUUUCCACCAAACUUCAAUGGAGAGAAUUAUGCAAUUUGGUCAGUUAAGAUGGAAGCCUAUCUUCGUGGUUACGAUCUUUGGGAUGUCAUAGAAUCUGGAGGUGAAGUACUUGUCUUGAGAAAGAAUGCAACCCUUGCACAAAUUAAACAACAUAACGAGGAAGUUAUCAAGCGCUACAGAGUGCUGACAUGUAUGCAUGGGGCUAUUUCGGAUGCUGUAUUUACAAGAAUAAUGGGAGCCAAAUCAGCAAAAGAGGCAUGGGACAAACUUAAAGAAGAAUUUCAAGGCUCAGAGAGGACAAAGCAGAUGCAGGUAAUGAAUUUAUUAAGGGAAUUUGAGACUUUAAGAAUGAGGGAUACUGAAAAUGUUAAAGACUACAUUAACAAAAUCAUGCGAGUGGUGAACCAGGUGCGACUGUUGGGAGAGAAUCUUUCUGAAAGUCGUGUAGUCCAAAAAGUUCUUGUGUCUCUAUCAAAAAAAAUUGAAUCUACAAUUACAUCAUUAGAAGGGUCAAAGGACCUCUCAACCUUGACUCUCAUUGAUGUAGUAAAUGCACUCCAAGCCGCAGAGCAAAUGAGAGCAAUGUGA